AUGGCGAAUGAAGAGUAUGAAGUUGGUAAGAAUCAAGAACAGUAUCCGAGGCAUCUUGAAGCUCAACUCUCACUGUUCAAUUGGGAAAUAGAAUCGAUCCUCCAGGCGAAGGUCCAGAAACGAGGGAGGAAUGCGGGUAUGAGGUACCUCGUUAAGUGGAAGGGGUAUGAUUCAAGUGACAACACGCGAGUUUUAUGGGAGCCUCGUUCCUCCUUUGAAGGCUCGGCAGACGAAAUACUACAGCGGUUCUGGCAGCGCAUCGAUUUAGGUGGCCGUGAUAUCAGUGAUAUGAGCCAAUUCAUCAAUAACGAGGAGUUCCAUCCUCGAGGUCCACCGCCUCGCAGGAGCAGGAGGUCAAUUGGUGAGGGAACCGACUUACCUGACCAUCAAGACAAGGCAGAGACCGUCGAGGAAAGCGAAGCUAGCUCGUCAAAACCUGAACGGGCGAGUGUAAAACGCCCUCGCGCGUCGACCGAUGCUGAACAGGUCCAGAGAAAGAGAGGGCGUGUCUCAGGAACGAGACGCAAAUCUCAAGUGGGUCGUGCAGUCGGCGGCGUAAAUUCUCCUGCCAAGACAAGUCCGGUGCGCAAAACACGUGCAGCAUCCUCUAAUGAAGUGGUUCCUGACUCAGAAGACGAAGAACACCUCUUGGCGACCCUUGGUGCUGCUGGAGCUCAUAGCAUGCAUUCGGCAAAUAACGAAGAACUUACAGGCCCCAGCGAUUCAGCUACAGUCGAAGGCAUGGUCGUGACUGAGCCUGUAGCGGAGCGAGACCACUCCCCUGCUUUUGCAGUAGCUUUACGAACGAUUCCAACUUUGCCUGCACAUCGUAUUCGCACCACUAAUUCGCUCGCUAAGCGCACAGAUGAUGCAGAGCUCGAGCAUUUGUUAGAGGGGACCGUCUCUGCCAAGACAAAAUCCUUGAAAAACAGGUCUGAUGAGGCCGUCGCUGGAAGUUCUACCCGCCCUAAAGCCGGACCCGGGAGAUCAUCCUUUGGUUUAAGGACGAACUCAAUUCUCACCUUCGACAAAAACUCGAAGUCGUUAAAGACGCUGAAGGGGACGUAUCGGCCCAUAGAGGAUGAAACGCAAGAUGAUGAAACACCCGUAGCACACCUUGCAUCUUCAUCGAGAGGUGUAAAUGCUGCCACUUUCGACAGUGCAAUGCUCGAUGAAGACAUACCAGAGCCAGAUCCCUCUCGUAUCAACGGCGGCCCAUCGUCUUUACUGGCACCGAGCGGACAACAACUUUUAGAGCUAGGGGGAUUUAAGAGUGCGGAUGCUGACGUUCUUUCCGAUUUCACUGAGGAUAUUAGCAAUCCAGAAAAGGUCACUUCGACUGGGCCAAAUGUUGUAACGGCCUCAGAACCUGCACCCCCCAAAUCUGUGUUCAGUUCUGCAUCGUGGAAGACGUCGACUAUCUUUGGACCUUUGUCCCUUGGUGCGAGCUUUUUCCGCCCGCCGAUCGAGACCCUUCCAGAAGAACAACCUUUGUCGCCAGUCCAUGCGCCUUAUCUUCUCAGCCUUGACCCUGCUAUCACCAUACCCGUAGUAUUAAAAGACAUUCAACCCUCGACAUCGCCGGACGGCGCUUCAUUGGAUUCCAUUAUUAGCCAUGGCGCUAAAGGGCCGCCCGGAAAAUUAUACAAGGAUGACGAAGCUGUUGCCCUCCUGAAUACGUUGCAAACGGGUGGAUCCUCUGCCAGGUUGGCUUUACAUGAAAGAGCCAACGAAGAGCAAAGGGGGUUCUUCGUUCGUUUUAGACUACGCCUGGAGAAAGGUGGCCUGUUUCUGGUCAUGGCUGGCGACAAGACCGUUGCAUGCUGCUGCUCCACCAACCAGGCUUUGGGAAAGAAGUUGGGGAUUCCGUCUGCGUUGCAGGGUCUUGCCGAAAACGUGGUCGUUUCUCAUGUCAAAAUCCGUGAUUACUCUGCUUUCGCUGAUGCUGCAGUACAAGCAGAUGUUCUCCGCUGGUAG